AUGGGACCGCUACGAAAACGAUCAAAGCCCAACCCCGCCAAAACCUCUACAUUGGGAGCGGCAAUAACAGACGAUCAACCAAGUACAAUACCGAGUAAGGUCGAUUCAGAACCUCCUAAGACAGAGGAAGAACAACGCAAUCCUGGGAGCACUUCUGGCAAUGCAGAGGAAAAUGCCGGCAGCAAAGUUGACCCAUCCCCUGCCGUGAAGAAGUUACAAUCUAACUCAACCAAAGAAAUAAAACAUAAGAGUAGCUGGUAUGGUACAUGGCCCCGCAAAUCUACGGCCUCGACCCAGUUAGCUAGGGAAACUAUUCUGGCAGAUAAACCUAAAAAUGAUAAGCCCAAAAGUACCACGCCGGCGGCAGAUCUGAGUCGAUUCGAGACCAAAAAGCCCUCCACGCCAAACAUCGACCGUCCGCCAGCUAUGCGCAUUGGGAAGAGCAGAGAAACGCUGGAAUUAAAUAUGGGUGAAAGACUGGGCGAGACUAAGAAAUCAGAAAAGGAGGAUAAAAUCAGUAAAGAUUCGAAAAAGCCCCAAGAGUCCAAAGAUGCUGCAGAAAGCGUCCCGCUACCGACCCCAAGUAAUGACGAGUCCGUGCCAACGAACAUCACUAUGAAUCAAGAAGUUCCGCCGACCAAGGAAUCAGAUCCUGCUCUAAGGCCGACAACCGCCUCUGGCUGGUUUGGUGGAUGGCUUGGUGGGCCGCAGCCGAAGAUACAAGAAGUGGAACCUGUCGUGGAACCCUUGAAACCAGUUGAGCAACCAAAAGAACCUACCUUGGAAGUUGCGGCCGAAAAUGCACCGGAUUCAAAUGCUGUUAGUGCACAGUCAGAUCCGGCAGCAGCAUCAUCCUCCUCCUGGUUUGGUUUAUGGUCGGCAAGUGCUCCUGCGCAGAACUCUGUGGCUGAAAGUUCUGCCAAAGUAGAACCGGACGGAGACACUAUUAUGGAGGAUGUUGGAGAUGUAAAACCCGCUACGAAGCCUGUAGCGCAGCCAGCACCGUCCGGCAGUUGGGUGUUUUGGUCUAGUGAAACUACGAAGAAGUCAAUAGUAGAUCCUGGAGCAUCGGAGGAGGCUGGGCAAAUAUCCGUUGCUGGGGAAUCAUCUGAAAGUCAGCCGAAACCUUUCAACCUCGUGGAACCACAGCAGGCUGUGAAAGCGAGUUCGAUCAAAAGGAGCAGGCCUCAAUCUGUUGAAAUUGGUGAACGAGUCAAACAGUCAGUCCAGCCAUCAAGUGGUGCGAGCACGCCCAACUCAGCAACAAUCAAGACUCAGCCAGCCAACUUGUUUAUCCCUUCAUUGAGAGACACGUACCGUAUGGCAGAAAGCCCAACCUUCCUGCAACAACUUGCUCGCCUUCUUUCCUUGUCUCAACAAUCACCGCCUAAGCACUUGUAUAUCGCUAAGCAACCCCCGAGGAUCAAACAUGCGAUAGCCAUCGGUGUCCAUGGUCUGUUUCCUGCCACCUAUUUACGAAAACUGGUUGGUCAACCUACCGGAACUUCUUUAAGAUUCGCAAAUCAUGCUGCGGAUUCUGUACGGCGAUGGGCAGACGCGAACGGAUCAAGUGAUGUCGAAAUCAACAAGGUGGUCUUAGAAGCCGAAGGUAAAAUCAUCGAACGAGUGGAAAAGUUAUGGCCGAUACUACUUAAUAAUAUCGACAAACUUCGAAAAGCUGAUUUCAUCAUGGUUGGCUGUCAUUCGCAGGGAGUGCCUGUGGCGAUAAUGCUGAUUGCCAAAUUAAUUGAAUUUGGGGUUAUUUCGACAAGCCGCAUCGGAUUUUGUGCUAUGGCUGGAGUGUCUCUAGGACCAUUUCCUAACUACAAAUCAAGCUUUAUCUCCGGUGCUGCCGGAGAGCUAUUUGAGUUUGCUGAUUCCGAAAGCCCUAUCUCCAAACGUCUCGAUGACUCGCUUCGUAAGAUAGUGAAGUAUGGAGCGAAAAUCACUUUUGUUGCUUCAAUCGAUGACCAACUAGUUUCUAUGGAGUCUGCUAUCUUUUCUGUGGCUAGCCAUCCGCACAUCUAUAGAGCUGUAUUCGUUGAUGGACGCAUCCAUGCGCCUGAUUUCAUAUCUCAUCUCGUGGGAUUCGCCAUGAAACUACGCAAUCUUGGAGUCUCGGACCACGGCCUGAUCCGCGAACUAUCAGUUCCACUAGCGGGGAGUCUUUAUUCUGGCGAGGGACAUUCUAGAUUAUAUGACGAGACGAAGCUUUACGAUUGCGCAAUAAGUCACGCACUGGAAACGACAGAUGCGUCCGACAUCCCGCUGGAAUUGAAGAAAUAUGAAGUCCCAAGUACAGCGAAUCCAUAUGUCUUACCUUGGAUUAUGCGUGGUUUAUUAGAGGAGGAAUUCGUCAAGAACGAACUAAAUUCGGAAACUCAUGAGUUGCUUAAGCAGUUUGAUGAUUGGAAACCAUCAACGAAGGUACUGAAGGAUGUCAAAUAUCGAUUAGAGGCUGUGAGAUCGAAAUUAUGA